CUCUGCGGCCAAACCCUGGAGUCCGUUCUCCCGGGUUGGACUCUGAGGCCAUGGGAAAAAUACAGACGGAACCCAUCGCCAACUUACAAUGCUAAACUACAAUUCCCAGCAUGCAGGCAAACUCCGUGGUUUCGGUGCACCCUGAAAAAGAAGUCCCUGACUCUCCAUUGGCAACUUGAGAAAGGCCUUAGUUACACAAAUCCGCGGGAUUCUAGCGAGGGCACGCACGGAGACUGCGCAGAUCUCCUCGCCUGAAGUUCUAGGGCACUCAUUGUGAGUACCGGGAGUUUAGCCGGAAGGAUUUAAGAACCGUUCCACUUCCGGUAACACCGGAAGCAGUUCCAAGAUGGCGACCUCCAUGGCGAACGGGCCAGCCCCGGCGGCUGGGAAGAGUGAAUUUCGUAACCAGAAGCAGAAGCAGGAGAACCGAGAUGAAUCAGAACUCCUCACUGUACCUGAUGGUUGGGAGGAUCCAGCUUUUUCAGAGGACACACCCAGAGGACUCUUGGGAAGCAGUUUUGCAUCUCUGUUCCCAAAUACAGAGAUGGGCAAAAGUAGGCUCAUGGUUUUCAUAUGGAAAAAGACAUGCAGCUUCUAUUAAAACUAAAAUUGACAUGGCUGCCAUCAAGGAAAAGGUUAAGAAAGCAAAGAUUAAGAAACUGGGAGCUCUCACAUCUGAAGAAGUUAAGCUUAAGAUGGAAGCAGAUGAGAAGAAAAAAAAGUAAUACACACACAACCUGAACUAGAACCUACUAAGCUAUCUCUUUUUAUAAAGGACACUUAGGGCAUUAGUUGCCUUAUGUGUAAGAAGUAAUAUUCUGAUUAUUUUUUUUCUGAAUGUGUUUUUCUUUAUGAGAGUAUUUAUAUGUAUGGCUAUUCUUUAAAAAUAUAAAUUAUUGUAUUCUC